UAGGGCUGGUUGCAAGACCAUUGCUGGAUGCCUCACAUUGCUCCAGACAUGGAUCUAUGAGUACUUUCCCGCUUUCCGCCCUCAUGCUCGCCGAGAAGAUGUGCCAAACAUGACUAGGGCGGAGAUGUGGACACCGAAAAAACCAUGUCGUGAGCUGGACAGGUUGAGGGACUGCCGCAAGGUUCUUGAUUCAAUGACGGAGACUCAGGUUGAAUGGACUCCCUACAAUUCUGCUGCUGGUGCGUUGCUGAAUGAUCACCCACGCACCACCGUAAUCGGGGGUAUCACGUGCUUUGAUGUUGUGGAGGUGUAUUUGCCGGAGCGGACAUUGCGACAGAUUGGGUUCGUGCAGGCUAUUCCUCCCGCUCCUAUUAGACCAGCCAAGGCUGUCCGACCGGCACACGGUACCUACUACGUGACCUUUCCUUCUGCUGCUGUAUAUUUGGAGGCAUGGAGUAGGUUCCUCUAUAGUGCCCGCCUUGUUGAGCAGGGACUUCGUCGGGCUUCUGUUCCUUUUGAGGCUGAACCUAAUUACGUUGAUUGGUUCAAAGUGUGCUCACACCCGUACAUAGCCCCGGACGAAGGGCCUACUUCCGGUCCUGGUCCUUCUCAGAGCAGAUCUGAAUACUUCCUGAAUGAAUGGCCCAGUCGAUUCGGUCCACUGGCAAGACUACCUGCUAAGGUUGCGGAUUUGAACCCCCGUCAACGACAUGCGUUAGAAAUAUACCAAAAGCAAAGGGAAAACUCGAAGGAUGAAUUUACGACGAUCAGAUUAUCCGAACGACGUGACGUUCGGAUUUUGACCCCCCAAUUUGAAAUUCCUGGGUCCGCCACUGCUCAGGCUUAG